GUCCUCGCGCCGCCUCGUCUCGUGCCGUGUUGUCCCGUCCUGUCCAGCUUUGUCCCGUCGUGUCCCUGCGCUCCGGACAUCGUGUCCCCUCCGCGUGCGUGCAGCAUGCAGGUGUCCCCGGCCGUCCUCGUGUCCCGCCGCGCGCUGCCGCUGCUGCUGCUGCUGCUGCUGCUGCAGUUCUGCUGCGCCGCCGCCAGGGGGCGGAGCGGGGUCCGGAACGGCGCCACGGAGGUCCUGCCGGAGGACCGGGACGACCCGCGGAGCGGAACCGGCAACCUCAGCGCCGCCAACGGCAGCGACUCUCUGAGCAACCGGGCGACGCAGGGCGCGAGGAGCGGGACGGAACCGGGUGCCGGGGAGCUGGGCUGCCGGGAGCAGCGCUCCGCCCGCUCCGUCAGCGACGGCUGGUGCCGCAGCGCCGAGCCGGUCCGGGAGCUGCGCUGCUCCGGUCAGUGUCUUCCGUCCCGCCUGCUGCCCAACGCCAUCGGCCGCGGCCGCUGGUGGAGGGGCGGAGCCUCCGACUACCGCUGCGUGCCGGCCCACUUCCGCACCCGCCGCGUCCGGCUGCGCUGCCCCGACGGCGCCGCCCGCAGCCUGAAGCUCCGCCUCCCCACGUCCUGCCAGUGCAAACGCUCCCGGCCCGCCCACAACCGCUCCGACGCCGUGGAGCCGCCGGCGCCGCCGCGCCGCAGGAAGCAGCACCGGAGCCACGCCGCGCCGCCGACGGGGAACUCCUUCUGACGGGGAACUCCUCCGUCAGACUCACACAGCAUCCGGGACCAGCAGCCCUCCUGGAGUCUGGAGGAGGGCCGGCCGGGUCCACAGCCUCUGAACUGGACCGGGUCCACAGCCUCUGAACCGGACCGGGUCCUCCGGAUCUGAACCGGACCGGGUCCACAGCCUCUGAACCGGACCGGGUCCACAGCCUCUGAACUGGACCGGGUCCACAGCCUCUGAACUGGACCGGGUCCACCAGAUCUGAACCGGACCGGGUCCACAGCCUCUGAACUGGACCGGGUCCACCAGAUCUGAACCGGACCGGGUCCACAGCCUCUGAACUGGACCGGGUCCACCAGAUCUGAACCGGACCGGGUCCACAGCCUCUGAUCCGGUCCGGUCCGCACUCGGGCCUCCUCCACACUGCGACUCCUCUGCAGGACCUGAACGAGGCGGUUCCUGUGAGGACCGAGUCACGAGUAGCCAUUUCCUGGACGGGCGGCCACUUCCUGUUUACUGGACCCACAGCGUGCACGUGCAGGAGGCACGGUGCUUUCCAACACACACACACUGGAAUUACAUUGUAGCUGUGGCGUCCAGGAACCUGCCGCUCCGGACCCGGCUCUGCAGGGACCGGACUGCCGGCGUGAACAGGAAGUGACGCCUGGCCGUCCUUCCUGACAGACGCCGGCCCCGCGGAGCUGCUGCGGCUGCCGGUUCGACUCCGCAGCCCCGCGGAGCUGCUGCGGCUGCCGGUUCGACUCCGCGGCCCCGCGGAGCUGCUGCGGCUGCCGGUUCGACUCCGCGGCCCCGCGGAGCUGCUGCGGCUGCCGGUUCGACUCCGCGGCCGGGCGCCACACAGCGCACCAACACUAAGAACAGACUGCAUAUUUAUUUUUGAUUUUACACUUUGAAAUUAUUUAUUCCACCGUUUUGUAGUGAAUCCUGGCCGUGGCCGUGUAAAGUGAUGAAAGCUGAACGGACUGAAUAAAGUGGAGCUGAUAACCUGGA